CAAUUAAACGAUAAACAUACAAUUAUUAUUGUAUUCAAUAAAUAUCAGUAUGCAUACUUUUUAAAUGAGUUGCAAUUAAUUUGUGUGUCUUGUGUUAUGAGCGAACCAAAUAUCGUGCUGAGUCGUGCGUGUGUAUAUCGUGCCCUCGAAUUUGUCACAGCCCAUCUCUAUAUUUGCACAGUUCGUUUUGUUUUUGUGCUGGAACCAAGUUUAUAGUUAUAGGCGGAUGUCGGAGGCUUAGACAUGGGCGAUAGCGACGAUGCGAUAUGGCAAGAAAUCGGUAUUAAUCCACAACAUGUUGUGUGCGAAUCAGACGAGGGCCUCUACAAACUGAUAUGCGAUAAGAAGUGGCUACAGGCGCUCGAAUGUCAUCGUAAAAUCUCGCACUUUACACAGUGGCCACAUUUGGAUCGACGUGCACAUCCCACAGGACCACUGGAGCAUCCCUGGACACGCAUACUAGUACAAACAUACCGCAAACAGUCGCAGCGUAAAGUCCAUCCGCUGCCUCCACGAGGUGCUAGCCUUGAAAACACACAAUUUCCCUUAAGCUACUCGCAGGCAGUUUCCAAUGUGGCACAUCUCAACUUUAAGCAACUUUGGGAGGCGGCCUACAAGCAGUACGCGGACGCCCAUGUCAAACAGUGCAGGUCGGGUGCAGGAACGCAGUCCAAGCCGCAAAACGGGGGAGGCUUACAGCCGCAUGAUGUGGUGCUCCGAGAGCUAAUACAACGCAUCUACAAUUGCCCAGUACUGCAGUGCAAACAGGAGGGUAAUGGAACGGCCAGCAGCGACCAGGACUUAACCGGCGAUUGUCAUGCAAAUGUGCUGCCUGCUCUGGUGGCCAUUGAGACCAGCACGCACUACUGCAUAUUCCAUUAUCCACCAGCUCUGGAGAGCAGCCUUUAUGACUGCAUCACCUACAGUCCCGCACUCCUUGGUCGAGGCUACAACAAGACGCUAUUUAUCAUAUAUCAGCUGUUGCAGGUGUCGCGGCAUUUGCAGGAUCAGGGCCUGUUCUUGGGUGAUCUGCGACUGCAGCACGUGCUGCUGCGCGAGAAUCUUUGGCUACAGGUGCUGCCGCGCCUGCAGUGCAAUCUGCUGCUGGACGAGCAGUCCGCCACUGUGGCCAUGUCGCCGCUGAGUUGCCCGGAGUUGCCCGAAUCACCGGAACAGCUGCCCUCCAGCAGCACCAUCGAUCUCAAGCUGGCCUACGACCCAGCUCAAUUUAAUCUGCGCGAAUACUGUGAAAUGUGGUGCAACGGGCAGUUGUCCAACUUUGACUAUCUCACUAUACUAAACAAUGCCUGUGGCAGGAGUCUGACCAAUGCCGCCUAUCACCACAUAAUGCCCUGGGUGACGGACUUUGCGGCCCGCAACGGCCUCAAUUGGCGCGAUCUGACCAAAAGCAAGUAUCGCCUGAACAAAGGCGACGUCCAUUUAGAUCUCAUGUACACGCACGCCAGUCAGCAUGCCGCAGCAGAGGCUGUGACGCCCGUGGAGCAGUUGCAGGUGGCGCAUCAUGUGUCCGAUUUUCUCUCCGAGAUUACGUAUUUCGUGUAUAUGGCGCGGCGUACGCCACAAUCCAUACUCUGUGCCCAUGUGCGACCCAUUUGGGUGCCCGCCGAGUAUCCGGUGUCGAUACAACGCCUUCAGGAAUGGACGCCGGACGAAUGCAUACCCGAGUUCUAUUCAGAUCCAAUGAUAUUUAAAAGCAUUCACGAAGACUUGCCCGAUCUAGAGUUGCCCGCGUGGGCCACUUGCCCCGAGGAUUUUAUAUGCAAGCAUCGUGAAGCGCUGGAAUCACAGUACGUUAGCGAGCGACUGCAUCAUUGGAUCGAUUUAAAUUUUGGCUACAAGCUAAGCGGCAAGGCGGCCAUCAAAUCCAAAAAUGUAUGCCUCAGCCUGGUAGAUCAGCAUUGCAAUCUGAGUCAGCGCGGCAUCGUACAGCUGUUCUCACAGGCUCAUCCGCCGCGUCGGUAUGUCUCGCCCUGGUUUAACAAAUACGCGCCCAGGCUGAGCCAGCUAUAUGGCAACAGCAGGGGCAAGAACAACAGGCGCUUGGCCAGAAGCACGGAGAAUCUGCACGCCUCAACAAUGAGCAAUAGCAGCAGCUGCUUGGAGAGCAAUUCACCUCGAAUGUCACUGCGUCCAAAUGAUGAGUCAUCGAGCACAGGCGCCAGCUUCUACGCCAUGACCAACUUUAUUGAGCUGCCGGAGCACUAUAAUCCUGCGUUGCUGCUGCAGCAAUUGGAAUCUCUGGAGACUUUCUAUGCGCGCACCUUUCCGCAGCAACGCGCCUCAGCCAAUCCUGAGGAGAAAAUGAUAAGCAGCGAUUUGCUGUUUGAGCACAACUCGGCCGACCAUUCAUUCACAAAUCAGCUGUUUGCACUUGAUGAGGCGAUUCAGACCAAUUCGAAGAAUCUGCUAGUGCCGCGCACGCGACAUCAGCACAGUCUGCAGCAGCUGCUGGCCGAUUGCCGUGAGCGUGAGCUGCAGGUGAUGGGCUGCCUCAUUGUGGAGCUGUAUGCCAUGCAGCGUUUGCGACCGCUACUAACAACGAACGGGCCAAGCGCGAGCCUAGAAAGCCGCCUGUCUGCCUGCCGCACGCUGGUCCAGCUGUACAGUCAGGAGCUGCCGAAACCGGUGCGUCAUGUGGUGCGUCUGCUGCUGCAGCUAGAGAGUAAUGUGCCCAACCAGGGCCUGCCCGUGCCGACCAGUGCGGCACAGCUACUGGAACCCAUGUUCAGCCAUGCGCUGCUGCCUUUUCCGAGUAACUACAUUUCGAUCUAUGCGUUUGUGCGCUCCCUGCACGCCUUCCAGCUGAACUUUGAGCUGCUCGAGCUGCACACACAUCUCAACUGCAACGGCGGCAGCGAGUGUGCGCGCUUCACGGAACUGGAUCGCCAGCGUGUGCUUUUCGAACGAAAGAUUGCGGAGUGCAAGGUGAUGUCCUGCUGUGCUCAUGUGCGUCGCCUGCUCGAGCCGCUGGCCUUUGCCUAUGAGCAGUUUGCGCCUGUGGAGCUGCUGCUGCCGCAUAUUAUUGAUCUGCUUCGGGAUGAACGCACCUCAAUACUGACUGCCUGGAAUUUGUUUGAUCCCGUUGCCCAGGCCUUGGGCAUUGCACAGACCCAAAUGCAUUUGCUGCAACCGAUGCUCAAGCUUUACGACGUGGAAAGCGGCGCUCAGAUGGACGAUGCGGCCAGCAGCAGCAGCAGCAGCAAUAACAAUGGUGGCCACUUACGUUUCUCUUCGAGCAGCUCUUUCAAGUCGCGCAAAUCCGUGAAGCUCUAUCACCACAGCUUCCUGCUACGCCUAAUCGUGCGCUUUGGACUCCGCUGCUUUCUGCAGCACUUUAUUGCGCCGCUAAUCGAAGCUGUUGGCGGCUACAAGGAGCCGGAGCAGGGCAAUGGCUAUCACUAUCAUCGCGGUAGCAGUCGGCGGACCAGCAAGAAUCUUAACUAUGCCGCAGAGGAGCCGCCAGCGUCGCAGCCGGAGCCCAAGCCAGACGUUGAGGAGCUAUUCACGUUCGAGGAGGAUCAGGAGAACAAAUCUGUUGAUUCUUUCGAUAUGCGUCCAUCGUCCACAGCCAUUGCAGAGGAGGCGCGCGAGUCCGAUGGCAGCUCACCCGACAAGCUGGCCAUCAAUGAGCUUAUGUACGGCGCCAAAUUAUCGCCAGAUAAGUUGUCGCUGCAGAGCCAGGAACAGACACCACCACCCGCCAUGCCGGCGCCCUUGAUUGGGCCACGUUCACCCACCAUUGAGAUACCCGCCAGCAGCAUAAGACGCAGUUUCCAGCUAAGCGCCAUCGAUUGUGACAUUGGCUCCCGCAAGAGCGUCGACAGCUUUGAGCUCAUCAGCCAGGUUACCGGCACAGCGGCCAAUGAGUCAACGGAGUCUGCCCCGCAAGCGGAUACCGACGGCUGUGACUCACUCCAGGCCUCGGUCAUAUCGCGCAUCUCGGAGGCCAAGGCCCUGCAAAACAAUCGCAUUAGCGAGAUGAGCGCCGAGAGUCUCGUCUGGCUAUCUCAUCGCUUGGGACCGGUGCUCACUGCUCGCCACAUAACACGCAAUCUGCUCAAGCUGCUGUCGCUCUGCUACGUGGGCCAGGAAAAUCUGCUGCCCGAGGUCGAAACGGGCAACUGCGGUGACUUAUCGGCAGAUGCCUCCAAUCUCAAUUAUUUCAGCAUUGCCAAUGCCCGCGUUGUCGGCGAUCGCAGCGCGGCUCGCGUUCUCGAAUGCCUCAUGUCCAUUGCGGCGCUCUAUGGCGAAAAUUUUCUUCUUCUGCAGUAUUUUCCACACAUAAGUGAGCUGAUUGGUCUCUGCUCGAAGCGGAUGACGGGCAGCCUCGAGGGCGCCAUCAUCAGCUCGCUGCAGCUGGUGAAGUACAUGUUGCCCUGCCUGAUGGAUGCCACCAUAAUGGAACACUUGCAGCACAUGCUGUUGGAUGCCAUUCUGCUGCCGAUACUGCGUCUACUGAGCUCUACCAAUCUGCUAAUGCCCAGCGGCUACCUGGGGCGUUCGCUGCUGGCUCGCAAAUUUCUGGACGCCUGCUAUGCGCUGAGUGUGCGCCUGGGCUCGGACAUGACUCGGGAGCAUCUGUGCCAGUCACUGUUCGCGCCAUUUUUUCUGAUCUUCAACAAGGCGUUUGGACUACCCAACGAAUUAAGUUGUAAUCUGUCCAAUCUGUCGCUGAGCGCAGCUCUAGGCCAACAGCAACGGGCAUUGGAGGAGCUGCGCGAUGUAUUCGGACCGGAACUUGCGCAUACUGCCUACUUGGCAUUUCUGCGAUUCCUGGGCGAGUCCAUAAUGCAACGCACGUUAAGCAACAUGGAAUUCGUGCUCACUUUGUGCCACGAGCAUGAGCAACCGGGCGCUGGACAGGACAAGGCGCAGCUUAGCCAGUCGGCAAUAGUUAGUCCAGUGGAUGUCACGGAUGCAGCGCUUUGCGAGACCGCAGCAAAUAGUUUUGGCACCCAGGUUGUCGGCAACCGGCUGCAGGUCUCUAGCAGCAGCAUGGAGUUGCUGGAUAUGGUUGCCUACAAACUGGACCAUAUGCCCAGCACGCGACACCUAAAAGGCAACUGGCUGGCCUACUGGCGGCACGAGACGACCCGCAGCGAGAAGGACAACCAGGCACUAAACCUCAAGCAAAUUCGCCUGCAAUCCUUUGUAGGCCACACGAACUCGGUGAGAGCCAUUUAUGCGCUGGAGAACGAGAAUAGCUUUGUGUCCGCCUCCAAGGACAAAACGGUCAAACUGUGGUCGCUGCGCAGCGAGGGAGAUGGACGCAAGAGCACCGCCUGUCAGUUCACCUACACAGCGCACAAGAAGUCCAUACACUCCCUCAGUUUCCUAGAGUCGCUACGCUAUGUCGUCUCCUGUGAUUCGGGUGUGCACUUGUGGGAUCCGUUCAUAGGACGACCGCUGAGCAUACUGGAUGCGCCCAGGCACAGUGCGGUCACCGUUGUCAAAUGCUUGCCCUCUCACUCGCCGCUGGUGGUCGCUGGCACGGCCGAGUCCACGGUCAGGAUCAUUGAUGCGCGCUCCAUGCAGUAUGUAAAUGAAUGGCGUGUCUGCCCUGCAGCUUUGCCAAAUGCCACAGUACGUUGUCUGGCGGUGGCGCCGUCAGGCAAUUGGUUAGCCGCAGGUCUCUCCUCGGGCGGCAUUGUACAGCUGGACACACGCACCGGCAUUGUGCUCAACAGCUGGCGGCCCAUGGAAUGUGACUUGCUGCAGCUGACGGCGCCCAGCGAUCAGGUGCUUAUUAGCUCGGCGCUCGACCACAGCCUGGCCGUAUGGCAUGCCCUGGACGGCAUUCUACACUAUCAGCUCAAACCGCCACCGGAGCCUGCCCAUUUCCUGCAAAGCGUUGGCUCCUCACUGGUCUAUGCCACAACCGGGAAUCGUGUAGGUGUCUAUGCGGAUGUGGCCAACUCGCAUGCCCUCAAUACUGUCACCAAACUUCGUUCCGAGACGUUUCGGGGCGUACUCACAUCUCUCGCGGUGUUGCCGCUAAAUCGCGCCUUCCUUGCAGGCAACGAGAGCGGCAACAUUGUCCUGCUCUGCUAGCCAAGUGUUACGAUGAUAUUACUACACAAAAAGACAACUAUACUAAUUUAUAUACAUAUAUAUACAUAUAUAUUUAAUUACCAGUCCGGUUAUAGUAUAUAGCAAUAGAGUUCUACCCGUACGAGUUCUUAUUUAAUGGCACCAAAUAUAUAUAUAUUAAUUCAACUAA